UUGGAAAUCAAGCAAAUCCCUGCUGCGAGGAAGACUCCCAUGCCCGGUGCGAUCACCCCAGUUGAUGGCGGCACCAUUACGUCAGUCCGCGGGUUCAAGGCCGGCGGCACCUAUGCCGGAAUUAAGACCUAUUCCGACGACAAGAUGGACGUCGGAAUGCUGCUCUCAGACACGCCCUGUGCUGCGGCUGGGGUGUUCACCAAGAGCAGCAUCGUGUCUCCGUCAGUAACCGUCAACCGCGAGACGCUGGCGGGGGGACAGUCCAUCCGUGGACUGGUAGUCAACUCGGGCAUAGCCAACGCAGGCGUGGGCGAGCAGGGCUACAUUGAUGCCAAGGAAAUGGCGGUCGUUGCCUCGGGGGCCUUGGGUGUAAAGGCCGAAGAGCUACUGGUUUUCAGCACCGGCAUCAUCGGCGUGGAAUUGCCGAUGACCCUUAUCAGGUCGGGCGUAGAGCAGAUCGAGCUGUCCGGGUCCGGCGGCAACCCUCUGGCCAGGGCCAUGAUGACAACGGACACUCACCCCAAGGAAGUCGCGGUAACCGUCGACAUCGGAGGUACGGAGGUCCGCAUCGGCGGCGUGGCCAAAGGCUCGGGCAUGAUCCACCCCAACAUGGCCACCAUGCUGUGCUUCGUUGCCACGGAUGCGGCCAUCGACCAGGGACUACUGCGGUCCAUGCUUCCGGACGUGGCCGACUACUCGCUGAACAUGCUCACGGUCGAUGGAGACAGCAGCACCAACGACUCGCUGGUCGUGCUGGCCAACGGAACCGCGGGAAACGCCACCAUCACCGCCGGGACUCCCGAGGCCGACGCGUUCCGGGCCGGGCUGCUGGAGUGCUGCGUGCAAUUGACCCGGAUGCUGGCCCGCGACGGCGAGGGGGCGACCCACCUGCUGGUAGUCGAGGUCGCCGGCGCCCGGACCAGCGAGGACGCCCGGGUUGCGGCGCGCACCAUUGCAUCGUCGCUGCUGGUUAAAUCGGCAGUCUACGGCGCCGACCCCAACUGGGGCCGCCUGCUCGCCGCCCUGGGUCGCAGCCAGGCCGAAGCGGUCGAGGAAAAGAUCGAUCUGUUUAUCAACGGCGUCUGCAUCAUGGAGGCCGGCAAGCCCAUCCCGUUCCACCGAGACGCAGUGGUGGCGCUUAUGCGGGGCGACGAGGUCACUUUCCAUUCCAAUAACAGGAGCGAUACCCUGUCCAUCGUAGUGAAAAUAGGCGGCAGCACCCUGGGCAGCCACGACACCACGUUGGUGGACCUGGUGAAACUGCAACAGGAAGGCACCGAGGUCGUAGUGGUGCACGGGGGCGGCAAUGUCAUCUCCCGCUGGAUGCAGCGCCAAGGCAUCGCGCCGCAGUUCGUUGGGGGAUUGCGGGUUACCGACGCCGAGAGUCUGGAAAUCGUGGUUGCCGUCCUGGGCGGGCUGAUUAACAAGGAGCUCGUCUCGCUCAUGGAGCAACUCGGCGGCAAGUGCAUCGGCCUGAGCGGGAUCGACAACCGGAUGCUGACCUGCGGAAUCGCCAACCCCGAGCUUGGCUACGUGGGAGAGAUACAGUCCGUCGACACCGGGCCCAUACGCGCGUUGCUGGACUCCGGCUACAUUCCAAUGAUCGCGCCGCUGGGUGUCCACAAAUUUGACGGCUCGGAGAACGCCGGCAAGCCGCUGAACAUAAACGGGGACACCGUGGCCGGCGAACUGGCCCGCGAGUUGCAGGCCGAUAGGCUGGUGUUCCUGACGGACGUGGCGGGCGUGAUGGACAGUGGUGGGCGCGUCAUAUCGCGCUUGGACCAGCGCCGUGCCAACAUGCUGUUGAACUCCGGCGUGGCGGGCGGCGGUAUGAUUCCCAAGCUCCAGGCCUGCCUGCGUGGCCUUGAGGGCGGUGCCGUCGCCGACAUCAUUGACGGCCGCCACCCCAACGCCCUGGUCGACUGCCUGCAGGGUCGGAAUACGGGCACUACGAUUACACCCGCACCGCGCGGGCGCUGA